GCGCAAUGUCAUUAGUCGACCCAUUUCCUUCUAACCUCAGUCACACUGCAGACACCAGAGCAAACCAGUUACUCCCCGGAUCUGAAGCGGGCAAGGAGCGCAGAUCAAAAGAUGCCAGAGCUCACGUUGAAAAGUCAUGGCAUUUCAGAAAACCUCAAGAAAACUCCGCUAAACAUCAGAGCUGUUGAGAUAUUUGCCCAAAAUAUGGCUGAGAGCAUAAUAGAGCCAUUUACGAGUCAAAUGGACACGCUGGAGCUGGAGGUGGACCUUCAGGGUGUGGAUUUAAAACAGGAGAUGCUAGCUGAAGAGUUAGCCUCGACGGUGAUCGGGGUCGCUCUGAGGGAAGUAUGCAGAGGUCAAAGCCAGGCUUAUCUGGAUCAACUCGUUUCGGACUCAGACGCAGAUGCCUGGACCUCCAGUGAAACCCAUCCCCAUCACCUGCCUCUGUCCCAGUCAGGGCUCCCCGUUGUGGGAUCCCUCGACUACCCCGACACCCCCCCUACCACGCCUCUGCUCCCCGAGCUGGAGAGGAGCCGAAACAGCUUCACCCGGAAGCUGAAAGGAGGUCUGGCAAAGGAGUUUCUGCCUUCGCCUCCUCCUCCGACCCCAAAGGAACAGGAUGACGACUCCGGAGCAGUCGCCCACGAUCCACAGGUGGAGCUACUGGAACACUUGAUGCAUUCACUGUCCACAGAUGAUUUGGCUAGAGACUACUCUGACGCAGGAUGUCUCCAUAUGAUAGAGGCUUUUGCAGAGGCUUUGUCUUGUGACAUUAUAAACUGUGUCGUGGAGAACAAAGACCACUUCGCUGACAGUUGCGAUCUCCAGCUGUUAGCCCACCAACUGGCUGAGACCAUCAUCACGUCUUCCCUGGAUGAAGCUACAAUGCUUUUCUAGACUUUUAAUAUGAUUGUUGAGAUUUGUGAGUUCUGGCUUGUAGACACGCAGAAGAAUAACACAUCACUCAGCCAAAUACUAACCUCAGUAGAGAGCACUUGGCUAACGAUAUUUAAAGUAUUACUGCGAUAAAAAUAUUUGCAACCUCAAUCAGGCGAAGAGUUUAAUCCUAAAAUGCAAGUAAUUUAACCCUUUCAUGCAUAGUGGUCACCACAGUGGACAGCUAUUCUCCAGCUGUUCUCUUGUAUUUUCAUGGGUUUUGUUGUUGUAGUUCCAUUUCAGCCAACACAGUGGAUGCUUAUGCA